AAAAGAUUUUAACAGUACCCGCAGUACCAACGGCGGCAAACAGUUGGUGAUAGGGUUUGUUUUGGUGAAGUACUUUAGGUUUUCUUUAGUAUCUUAGAUACCGUUUUUUUUUUUUUGGAUUAUAUUUGUGAAUAUUUUUUUGUUUUUUGACAUUAUGUAUUAGUGAUAUUUUUUGAGUGUUUUAACUUUGUUUUAAAUAAAAGACGGGAAAAAUGGACCAAAUAAUUAAGGAUGGUGCUCUCAGGUUGAUGAUUAGCGAGUCCACGUGUGACGUAAUUCUAAGUUGCCAGAAUCACCGACUGAUGGCGCAUAAGUUGAUCUUGUCCAUUGCCAGUCCUGUUUUUAGAGAACUCUUAAGGAAAAACCCCUCCGACUCCACGACGUGCCUUAUCCUUCCAGACAUUAACAGCUCAACGAUGUCUACAAUCCUAGACUACAUCUACACGGGUACCACAGUGAUUAACAGUAAUGCCUUCGACGAGUUUCUAUCUGUAGCCAAGUUUCUUCAAAUUGACAUUAAUAGCACGCGAAACUUUUUUCCGGAAAAAGUUAAAAAGUAUGAGGACGAAUGUCUGAUGGACUACAGAAAAGAACUGAAAAAAGAAGAAACCGCCAAGAAGCAGAAACUGUUACCAGAUUUGUUACCUUUGGAUGUGAGCAGUAUAAGAAAAAGUCCGAAAAGAACUUGUAACGCUGGGGUGGUGCCGAGUCCAUGGUGUCAAAGAGAUGGUAGUUUUUUAAGUGAUCCUAGAUUGGUCCAGUUGGGGUGUCUAGAAGAAGAGACUCAAAAACCAUAUCAAGAAGACACAAACAAUAAUAACAUCCAAUUAACCCAUAACAGAGAAGAGUUAAAACCAGAAAACAAAUUAGAUAGUACCAUUCAAAAUUUUCACCUUCAACCAGCGGAUCCAGCUCUCAGCCAUCUGGAGCGCCCAGAACUGCCCAGAUUCACAAACUUUCCAUUUUCCAGGCAAUUAAAGGACUUACUGCCUGAAUCUAGAAGUUGGACCAGCUUAUACUCAUCCCCUCUCUAUUAUAAUAAUCCUCUGCCAUUAUCUCAAAAAUCAGUUGAAACAACCACAACUACCGCUGUAGAGCCACCCAGUGAAAGUUCAAUGAGCAGUGAAUCAGCUAAUGAAGAUAGAAAAGAUAUUAAACAAGUGAAAAAAAAAUCUUUUAAAUGUGAAGAUUGUGAUAAGAGCUUUAGCCAGUUGAGAAACUACAAGUACCACAGGUCGGUUCAUGAAGGCACCAAAGUAUUUUCGGCAGAAUGUCCGGAAUGUGGAAAAACCUUUAAUGACAGAGGGUAUCUGAGUAGCCAUAUGAAAAUCCACAGGGAUCGGAAGGAGUACGCGUGUCCCAAUUGCCCCAAGAGGUUUAAUCAAAGGGUGGCUUAUAAUAUGCAUUUGAGAAUUCAUACAGGUUUGAAGCCACACGAAUGCCCCACCUGUAAAAAAACCUUCUCCAGAAAAAUGCUGCUAAAGCAGCACCAAAGGGUCCACACUGGUGAACGGCCGUAUUCAUGUCCCGAGUGCGGCAAAAGUUUUGCCGAUCGCUCUAAUAUGAGUUUACAUGCCAGAUUACAUACAGGUGUUAAGCCAUAUGCGUGCACCCUUUGCCCAAAAAGCUUCACCAAAAAGCACCAUUUAAAGACACACAUGAACUUCCACACCGGACUAAAACCUUAUAAAUGUGACAACUGUGGAUUGGCAUUUUCGCAGAGCAGCAAUAUGAGGACGCAUUUUAAAAAGUGCAUUUUAAAGGGGGAGAAAGGGGGAAAUCUAAGUUCUAAUGAAACGAAUUCGUCUUAGGUUAUCUAAGCGUGUCUCUUUUUUGUGUUAAAGGCCUGGACUAUCAAUAAGUAAUGUGUAAAUUCAGCAUUUACCCUCUCGGUUUUAUUAAUAUCUAGUAGUUUUAACACACUUGUUUUUAGUCCAGGCGUAUUUGUUAGAAAGCUAUUUUGGAAGGCUUUUAAUAAUUAUUUAUUUAUUUUAUAACAGUAAAGAGUACAAAUUAGAUUAGGUUUACUUUCUAGAGCUAUUACUAAAUAAUAUUCAUCCUUUUUAAACAAUCUAAAUCAUAUAAUUAAGGUCACAUUAGGUAAAAGAGCUAAGGAAUCAUUAUUAUUUAUUUUUGUAUUCAACUGUGAUAUGUAUAAAUUAGAAACGCUUUUUGUUAUCAUAUUUACCAUACCAUUAAAAUUUUUUAUUUUUCUAA